UCUCUCUUUUGAAACCCAUCCUUGAUAAUGGAAAAGGAGACGAUCGUACUAUACCCAUCUCCCGGCGUCGGCCAUGUUUGGUCAAUGGUGGAGCUAGCAAAGCUCCUCCAACGCCGCCAACCAGACAAAUUUUCAAUCACAAUUCUCAUCACAAACGGCUUCAUGGAUUCACCAUCUCUCCUAUCUUACCUUCACCGCAUCACUCUCUCCAAUCCAUCAAUCUCCUUCCGCCACUUCCCCUCCAUCUUCGUUGAAAAACCGUCUCCUCAACGCAGCAUGCCCGCCGUCGCCUUUGAGUUCAUCCGUCUAAACGUUCCAAAUGUUCGUCAAUCCCUAUUAGAAAUCUCUAAUACCUCCUCAAUCAAAGCACUAAUAAUCGAUUUCUUCUGCACUUCCGCCAUUCCAAUCGCCGUCCAAUUACAAAUCCCUGUUUACUAUUACUUCACCUCAGGCGCAUCUGCACUCUCUGCUUACCUCUUCUUACCCACCAUUGAUAAACAAAUCUCAGGAAGCUUUCGAGAUCUCACCACCACCGAUAUCAACAUCCCUAGCCUUCCGCCGUUUCCAGCUUCCCACAUGCCAGAACCCAUUUUGGACAGGGCAGAUCCGGCUUAUCAAGACAUAUUGUCUUUUUCCAUCAACCUGACUAAAUCAGAUGGGAUUUUGGUUAACUCAUUCCCGGAGCUGGAAACUGUUUCUGUUAAAGCCAUCGCAGAUGGGUUAUGCACGCCGGACGCAUCCACCCCGCCUAUCUAUUACGUCGGACCAUUGAUUUCCAAAACGGAAGAGAGUUCUGCAAUCAAUGAAGCAAUACAACAUAAGUGCUUAUCAUGGCUCAGUGAACAACCCACCAAGAGUGUGGUCUUCUUAUGUUUCGGCAGUCGUGGUUCAUUCUCGUCUGCACAAUUGAAGGAGAUUGCUUUUGGACUCGAGAGAAGUGGGCAUAGAUUCUUAUGGGUAGUGAAGCAACCGCCAGAGAGCAAAACCAGCAAACAAAUUCACGAAUCGAAGCUUUCGGUUGAUCUGGAUGAACUUAUGCCGGAAGGGUUCUUUGAGAGGACUAAAGACAGGGGCUUAGUCGUCGAGUCGUGGGCACCGCAAGUGGAGGUGCUGAAUCAUGAAUCGGUUGGUGGGUUCGUGACUCACUGCGGAUGGAACUCGGUGCUGGAGGCUACUGUGGCUGGAGUGCCGAUGGUGGCGUGGCCAUUGUACGCAGAACAACAUGUGAAUAGGGUGGCUAUGGUGGAGAAUAUGAAGGUUGCGAUAACUGUGGAAGAAGGAGAGGAUGGUAUUGUGAGUCGUUUGGAAUUGGAGAAACGGGUAAAGGAGUUGAUGGACUCCGACUCUGAGAUUGGUCGACGAGUUAGGGAGACGAUCGAGAAGAUGAAGGAAAGUGCUUUGAUCUCGUCCACGGUUGUUGAUGAUUUUCUUAAUCUCAUUUUGUCCUAGUAAUUUUAUCAUUUUCUUAGUGACAAUUCUCAGUUUGAAUACUCUAUGUUUGUUGUUUUACCAA